GGCGAGUACUCGAAAGCACUUUCAUCGCACGAACGAUCACUGGAAAUCCGAAAAAUAGCUCUCCCUCCGAAUCAUCUCAACUUGGCUGCUUCCUACCUCAACAUCGGUAAUGUGUAUACUCACAUGGGCGAGUGCUCGAAAGCACUUUCAUAUUAUGAAAAGGCGCAAGAAAUCUUCCAAAAAUCACUACCUUCAAAUCAUCCACAUAUUGCACUUGUGAAAACAAACAUUGACAAUGUGAAAAAGAAAAUGUAAUUGUUUUUUUUUAAACGAGAAAAUAAAUUCGCCUUAUUGAACACGUUUGGCUCGCCAAAGCACACCAGCUGCAAUAAUUUCGCGCGCGCGCGACCAAGGAUACCCUCCGUAUUCCGUUGGGUUGUACAGUGGACAAAGCGGGCCAUGAUAAGGCAAAAAUACAUAUAUGUAUGUAUGUAUGACUAGUACAUCCAUGAUCAUCAUCUUCGGAAAGACGAUGGCGAGAUGGAUGCUUCUAGUCAUACAUACAUGGAUGUAUGUUAUAAAGGCCUACCAUCUACACGCCUGUACAGGUUACCAACAGAACGUCGGAUAUCCCUGGAAAGGUUCAUUUUGUUUUAGAGCCACCCUCAAAAGCUCCGUUUGUUUUUAAUUUUUUUGUUCUUCUGUUACGAAGAAUGAGAAGAAACAUAGAAACGCGAAGAAAGGCGACGUUGACGGAAUUUUAAUACACGCAGCGUAUGAUGACAACCGGUUGUUUUAACGCAUGCAGUGAUAUUGAGUGCACGAUAUCUAUAUUGUCUUUACACAUGUUAUGUUCAAUUUAUUUUUCUUUUCAUCUGGAAUGUGUAAGAACAAAUGAGAUGCCGUGCACUCAAUAUCAUAUUAUACGAGUGAUGAUUGAAGGAAAGAAGAACACAAAAAAAAAAGAUUAUCGACUAUUCUCUUUGAUUAGUCACAUAUACAUAUAUAAGAGAUAAUUGAAAGAAGAAAAUGAAAAAGGAAUUUUUAUAAAUUUAAUGAUUUUUGUUACUUAUUACAUAACGUUUUACAAAAAUACUAUUUUACGAUCAUAUUGAUUGAAUAUAAUAUAAUAAAACAGAAGUUCAAAUAGAUCAAGUGCAGUAGUUGAUUUUUUUUAAAUAAUAAUUUACAGUCAAAAUUUUGGAUCUAAUAUAAAGAUUUGUAGAAUAGUUUUUCGCUCAUCCAUUGAUGAAAGUGAAUAUUCAAUCGACGUUAGACUUUUUCUAUCGACUAUUAAUUCAUUUAUUAUGAUUAUCAAAAAAUGUUUAAACUUAUUUAUUUAGCUUUAAAAUGAAUGAAUUCAAUAUAAAUUAAACAAAAUGAAUAAACUAAGCAAAUUACUUGAAGUUUUAAAAUUAUUUUCAACAACAACAUGUUAUCGAAAGUUUCUUUUGAUCUAGAGAUAAAGAUGAAAAUAAUUCUAAAUCAGUUACGACUAUUGUAAAAGUAUUAUAAAAGAAAUUCUUUUUUUUUAAUAAUUUUGUAUGAAUUAUAAAAUAGGAUUAUAAAAGAUAAUCCUAAUGUUGAAUAAAAAGCAUUCAAAGGUUUGUUUUAUUUCAAUUUCAAUUAAAUGUUCUAUGGCAAUUUGACGAAUCAGCAAUUGCAAUACAUUCGAAAAAGAUUCAACCAUUUUAUUAGAAUAUAAUGAACUUUUUUUUAUAUUCUUGGUUGAUCAAUUAAUGAUGAAAAAAUCAAAGUAAGUAAAAAAGAAAAUUCUUGUCAUCUAAGAAACCUCUUCUAAAGAAGUAAUCAGAAAAAAGUUAUGCGAUUGAAUAGAAACAUAGAAAAUGAUUGUAGAAUAGGUAGUCACAUACUAUUCGACGAAAUACCGAUUGAGAAACUGUCCAUCAUUUGCAGUAGGAAUAAUAAAAUUUUAUUUAUCAUUAAAUAUCAAUGAGAAAUGAAAUAAAUUAGUCAUAGUUGAUUCACUAGCAAUCGUUAUAGUUAAGGUAUGAAGUUGAGUGAGAAUGAAUUUUUCUUUUUUUUUCCUAAUAUUAAUAAUAAAUUAUUUUCAGGAACCUCUCGUGUCCUAUUCAGUCAAUAUGUUAUCCUAUGAUUAUAGCACGUUUUCUAAUGAUAAAUGUAAUUGAUCAAUUAUUUGAGCAUUAUAAUCAAAAUCAUAGUACAAAUUUAAUAAUUGGUUAUCUUAAAUUAAAUAUCAAAAAAGUUCAAUCAUCAUCAAGAAAAAGUCAACGAUCAAUAACAAGAACUAGAAAUAUUGCUACAAAUGAACAACAUCUUUCAAUCAAGAAUGAUAAAGAUUCAUCAAUAAUAUCAAACACAAAUAAAGAUACAAAAGUUAAUUUUGAACGAUUACUUUCAACAACAUUAUUUUCUAUAAAAUCAGUAGUAAGUCUUAUUUCUACACAAGAUUUAUUAAAAAAUUUGCAAGAAACACUUAAUUAUUUUAAAUCAAUGUUUAAUGUACAAAAGAGGUAA